AUGGGACGGCAUAUGCCAUCUGCUGGCAUCAUGAUACCUUUGGUGGUGGCAACUUCGGCCCUCCCCGGCACAAGAGCUAUUGACACAAGCUGGCACGCUCCCGCAAAAACACAGCUCAACAACCUCACGUCGGCGCUCGAUUCCAAUGGGGUCUAUGAUUUUAUUUUUAAUUCGUCGAAUACUCCCGACCACGAGUAUGGAGUAUACAACUGGUGCAAUAUGCCACAUGUUCGACCAACAGAGUACGUUGUGGCCGACGAGGCAUAUGAAUUACAAUAUGUUGAAUUGAUUCACAGACACCACAAGCGGACGCCGUACGCGUCAAACGCUUUUCCGGUUGAGUCUUACCAGUGGAAUUGCGACGAUGCACACUUGUUUCUCUACGGCGAACCUUUGCAGGGAAAGCAAUCUUCUCCAGUAUUUCGGAAAGGGUACAUUUCUCGGAUGAACCCAUUCGUACCACCUGGCUGGAUUGGAAGCUGUAACUUUCCUCAAAUUACAUCUGACGGUCUAAGUGACUCCUGGCAGCACGGUACUGAUCUCUACGCCGUGUAUCAUGAUCUCUUGGGGUUCCUUCCAUCUAGAAAUUCGGACUACAGAUCCUCUGUGCGAUAUCGCGUUACGAAUAACGUUAUCACAAGCCAGGUUGCUGGCAUGGUAAUCAGCGGCAUGUGGUCGACAAAUGAUCCAUAUCCCCUGAUUGUUGAAGCCCCAGGAGUCGACAGCUUGGAACCACAAUACUCUUGCAACUCAGCCGAUACACUCUUCAAUAGCAUCAAAUCCAGCCAGAAUCCUGAUUGGAAAAAGCAUCUAGAGGCGUCCGCAGCGUUGUUCAGUUCCCUCGAUGGUAUCUCGGGAGUUCCCUCGAGCGAUGGCGGAUUCCACUCUUCAUUCGACCACUACUAUGAUAACCUCUCCGCUAGACAAUGCCAUGCUAAACCCUUACCGUGCAAGCUAGUUGAUGGCCAGAACAGCACUAGGUGCAUCUCACAGAACCUUGCCAAUGCGGUCUAUCGUAUGGGAAACUGGGAAUACAGUCAAAUAUAUCGUGAUCAUCCAUCGUCACUCCCCGCAAGUGUGGCGUCCCUCGGAGUCUGGAUUGGAGAGCUCACCUCCCAUCUGCGUGAUGUUAUGGGUGGAUCGAGUGACAUACGCUACUUUCACAACAUAGCUCAUGACGGAUCAUUGUCUCGUCUACUCUCCGUCUUGCAGAUCGAUGAAAUGGUGUGGCCCGGAAUGGGCGCAGAAGUAGUCUUUGAGCUGUACAAGCGAAAGGACCAUGGAUCAAACCCUAGCCCAACAGCGUCCGUGGUCGCACCUGGUUGUCACAAUGACAACUGCUUUCGAAUGCUCUGGUCAAUCUCGACUUGCGUCAGCCUGCUCCUGUAUAUCCAGCACGACAAUAACGACGGCUCCAGCUCCUUCGCAAACUCCCUUGUCUAG